AUGUCGACCAAGGCCGCCGUGGCCAUCGGGCUCCCGCCCGGCCUCAACUUCCACCCCGACGACGACGAGCUCGUCGAGUUCUUCCUCCUGCCGACCGUCCGCGGCGAGCCGGCCUGGUUACCAGGCGUCAUCCUCCUGGAGCGCCACGGCCUGGCCGGCGACGACGAGGCCUACUUCUUUGUGCGCACCAAGCAGGACGCCACAAAGGAAGCCGCCCGACAGGAUCGCUACUGCGCCGGCGGCGCGAGGUGGGUGUCGCAGAGGCCCGUGUUCGGCGCCUCGUGCAUCGGCGGCGAGAGGAUCGAGUGGAGGAGGAUCAACCUGAACCUGCAGAUGGGCCGCGGCAGGAGCGGCGGCGGCAGUAGCAGCACGGGGUGGGUGAUGCACGAGUACACCCUCACCGAGCCGGCGUGCCCGUCCCUCAAGAUCUGCCACGUCUCCUUCUCCGGCCAUGGCAAGGAUCGCAAGCGCGUUCCCGACGAGGAGUACUCCGACUGCCGCCAGACCGCCGGACCAGCAUCUAAGCGCGCUCGCGUCGACGCCGAUGCCAACAGUGGUUCAUCGACUUGUGUCUACGGACCGACAGCGCCCGCGAUCGAUCAAGGGCAAGGCUAUGGCGCUUCCGGAGACGUCUUCCUCCCGCAGCUACAUGCGGGCCAGCAAGAACACUCGCUGCCACUUCAGAUCGACCAAGGCAUCUCAGCGACGGCUCAUCAGCAGCAUCCCCUGCCGGAGGACGAGAACGCCACCAACAUCAGUUCAUUGACUUGUUGUUAUGAACCGAUGCAAGCUACCGAUGAGCAAAUCUUGGACUGGGGUAGUUCGCUGGCCGAAGACACAGAGCCAACAGCAGAGCAGCAAGAACACUCGCCGUCAUCUUUUCCGAUCGACCAAGGCAUCCUCGACGGCUCAUCAGCAGCAGCCCCCGGGGGACGACAACAAUGCAGCCGACAGCAGUUCAGCGAUUUGUGGUUAUGA